GUUUUUCUUCCCGCAGUGGCUCCCGACGCCAUCCACCACCACGUCAAGACGUGUCGGGACAACAUCCGCAACAUGCACUUCAUCGCUCCCGAGUACGGAACGGCGGGGGUGGGCCUGACGCCGGCGGCGGACGUGUACGCCUUCGGCAUGUGCGCGCUAGAGAUGGCUGCGCUGGAAAUCCAGGGCAACGGGGACUCGGGGCAGGGCGUGACGGAGGAGCACAUCCGGCGCACCAUCGACUCACUGGACGACGUGCGCCAGAGAGACUUCAUCCGCCGCUGCCUUCACCGCGACCCCACGAAGCGGCCGCCCGCGCGCGACCUGCUCUUCCACCCGCUGCUCUUCGAAGUGCACCCGCUGCGGUUGCUCGCUGCUCACGCCCUCG